AUGUUUCCACUUUUAAACGACGCUGCUAUCGAAGAGAUGCUUUAUGACUCUGGGGACGAGGGCGAUGACAAGGACGAAAUCGAUACGGACUACUUUAUUGAAGAAAACCCCGAACAUACAAGUUCCUCUUCUUCUGAUGAAGGCGAAGAAAAUGAUGACGAUAACAUACCUUUGAGUAUGCUAUCAGGAUGGCAGAGGAAGCCCUUCAAUGGCAAACCUCUUCCAGAAGAUGCUGUUCGUGACCCAGGAGAUAUUAAAACCCCAUACGAAUAUUUCGAGCGCUAUUUUACUGACGAGCUCAUGGAACAGAUGGCUUUGACCACAAAUCAAUAUUAUAUGGCCAAUACUGGUAUACAAAUGAAACCUGUUUGUUCUUUACUAGAUAUAAAGAAGUUUUUCGGAAUACAUGCCAUUGUUGGGUGA